AUGAAUUUCGACGAUGUUCCCGUCGUCCGGAACGAGAAGAAGUUCGACGACAUCGUCCAAGAGGCUUUGAAAGGAGGGGAUCCGCAGUUGCUCGUGCCGCCUAAGUCUAUCGCCAAAGACGUUUUGAAGGAGACGACUGGAAACGUGUACGCGAUGAGUGGGGGACAAAAGUUUGCGACGACUGGUGGCACGACCACUGCGACUGUUGACAGUCCGAUGGCGGCGAAGACUAUUCCUGCUUCGAUAUCACCGGUGAAUGCGAACAACGCGAGCACGGAUUCACCUAAGAGGACUUUUUUGAAGAAGGGGACGGGCGUGAAACGUAUUUAUACUCCUCCGAAAGAACGCACGUCGCCGUCGCCGUUGGCGUCUUCUUCACGAAAAGCCGAACAACAAGUGGCAGUAAAAGACAAGACAAAAAUGACGGCGUGGGAAGUGGAGGAGUACGAAAUGCAACAGGAAGUGGCGAAUUUUGAAUCUUUAGAGCAUGCGAUCAAAGGAAGAGCGUCGAAAGCGUCGAUUGAUCGCGCGGCUGAAGAGUUUGUGCAAAAUAGAAGAAACGCCGAGGAGAUGCUUUCCGAAGACCCGCUCUCGUAUCCGUACGCUCCGAAGCAAGUCCUAGCGAGUGAUGAUGAAGCAGUAGCAGCGACAAGAACAACAAGAACAACAACAACAAAGAUGACGACGAGUAGUCCAGGUGUAGCGUCGUUUACGCAAACGAGUGGGGGUGAAGAUGAUAGAAAGCCUGUAUCGACAAAACACCGAGCGACUUCGCCCGUGGCAACGAGCACUCCGCCUCCGUCCGCUUUCCGACGUUCCGUGCGAGGUUCACCUAUGCCACCCUCCUCGUCCCAACGAAUCAACGAGUUGGCGCGAAGCUCCAUGUCGCCUGCCGCAGUCAACCGCUCUGCGAUUAAAAGACAAGAAAACGCUCGAAAAACUCUGGAUAAAGACCGAGCGGAACUCGAGAAAGAUAUGAAAAAUUUCAAGAAGCAAAUGAUGGAGUUUAGAGAGCAAAAGGAUGAUUUCGCGAGUCACAUGAAGCGAGAGAGAUUGGCGCUGGAACAAAAAGAACGCUCAGUUUUAGGACAAUCUCGAACAGAGCGCGAAGAGAUUAAGCUUUUGAGAGGUGAAAUAGAAAAAAUGAAGGAAGAUCAAAAGCAUAGAGAUCAAAAGUCAAAGUUGACUGUCGAUCGUUUGCGGAAACAAGUUGAAAAUUUAUCUCAGGAAGCGGCCGCAUUGAAGUUGGAGAAAGAGCGAAUGUCAGAUGAAAUGCGUCGCAUGAAGAUGUCUCAACGUCAGAAUAGCUCGCAGACACCGGUUAAAACGGAACCAAUCGUUUCAAAACCGGUGAAGUCGUCGCCCAUGUUCGCAAAAGCGUCUCCGCCUCCGGUAUACAUCAACGCUGCUCCCGCGCAAGAAGCUAGGAAUAUGUGCGUGAAAGAAGAAGAAGAAGAAGAAGUAGAAGAACAUCAUAUUUACGAGGAAGAAAAGGUUCCGGAUGAACUCUUACGCAUUCCAAAUAUCGAUCCAGCGCCAACUUGGAACGAUGUCGCAGAAAUUGGUGUUUCCGAGGACGUUCACGCGGAUGGGAAAAUCACCCGAAAAUAUGCGGACGGCACCCGAGUGACAAAAUUUUACAACCAAAAUUCCUUUCGCGUUGAAAGCGGUUCCUCAUUGAUCAUGUAUUACGACAACGGUGACAUGAAAGAAACCCUUUCAGAUGCGAGUAUGCACAUAGUGCGAUACUGGUAUUCCGGUGUCCGAACGUGGCAGUCGAACUAUAAAAUAGGAAAACUUUUGUCCGGACGGAGCGAGAAGGAGAGAGCGACCAAAUUCGAGUACAGCAUCUUUCACUACAUGGACGUGAAAGAGGUGGAGGUUGAAUACGUGAGCGAAAUCAAAGACGUAUAUAAAGAUAACGGAGAAAUAUGGAGAAUAUACCCGGGCGAAAACGGUAGGCAAGAAAUGAUAGGUUAUAAAUAA